GAUGGAUGGAUGGAAGGCAGAAAAGGGGUUUACCCACCGGAAGAGCUGGCAGACCACGUGGUCUUGCGGGACCACAGUCCGUAACGGGGGGUGGUCUGACUGGGCGGCCACUACCCACUCAAAAUGGGCAGCACUCUUGGGGGAGCGUGUGCCCGGGGACUUGCGUCGCUUUCCUCCGGGUUCCGGGUUUUCGCGAGGGUCCUACUUCCCCGGAGAGGGCGGGCUCCCCCGCGGCGCUUUGUGGGCGGAGCUGGCAGCGGGGAUUUCGGAGCCCCCCGGAAGACACACCCGCGGUGGGCUGGCUUCCUAUUGCGACCACGAGGGGCUGGGCGGACAGAGGUCCGCACCAGGGCUGGGGGGAAGGAAAGGGGUGUCGGGAGAGCAGAGGUGCGGGAGACCCCAGGCAGGGUUUUAGGUUUAAGAGGCCGGAGCGCUGGGGGCUGAGAGAAGGGCGGCCUUGGUCGCUGCAGCCGGCGAGUGAAGCCGGUUCAGGGGACCCCUCCCAUUCCGGCCCUCAAAGCUCCGCUCCUGAGGGUGCGGCUGGGAAAUCCCACUUUAGUCAGUGGUCUUGAGCUUAUGCAGGACUACCCACCCAGGCCGGCUCUUGAUGGGAAUUUGGAAAAGGCCCCCAUCCAGUACGGAAGGCUGGGGUCCUCUGGGCUUCCGAAGCCUACGUGAACGUUGGACAUUUUUUGAAGAAUGAUUCUUGAGUGGGGGUGUGAUAUGUCCUUAAAAGGCUGGCAAAGAACAAAAUCUGUUACGACCUAGUCUUUCUUUUAAGGAGACACUGGAGCUUAAAGCUUCAAGUGCAAGCCCUCUCACACCCCCAUCUCUGGUUCUUCCUGCGUUCAAGCUCCAUCUGUUUUAAAUAUAUUUCUGUGUGUUACGGAGCUCUCCUGCCUUUGGCCCCUUUAGAAGAGUUUAAGGCAGCUACUCAAGCCUCCCCUGCCAGCUGCCUCCUUCUAAGAGUUUUUUUAGAGUUGUUGAAGUCACACUGUCCUCUAGGAGCCUCCGGGUCCUAGUGCUGCAGAGGCAAGCCAGAGUCCUGAGGGCAGGAUAUUGUGGUCAGAGGAGGCCCACACAAGCCUCUUGCCAGAGACUCCAGCACUUUCCUCAUCAGAGGUGGAUAAGGUGGGCUGAGACCAGAGAAUCCUUCAUCAUGCUGCAGCAGCUCCUGAUCACCCUGCCCACCAAGGCCAGUACCUGGGUGAAGUUGCAUCAUCCAAGGAAGGCCAAGGAGGGGGCACCUCUGUGGGAGGAUGUGACGAAAAUGUUCCAGGGAGAAGCUCUGCUGUCUCAGGAUGCUGAUGUUAGCGAGAGAAAAGGUUUAGAGGACAAAGUGGCCCCUGGGCCCUCAACAGCAGAAUCCAAGGAACUGUUAACCUUCAAGGACGUAUCUGUGGACUUCACCCAGGAGGAGUGGGGGCAGCUAGCCCCCGCUCACCGGAAUCUGUACCGGGAGGUGAUGCUGGAGAACUAUGGGAACCUGGUCUCAGUGGGAUAUCAACUUUCCAAGCCUAGUGUGAUUUCCCAGUUGGAGAAAGGAGAAGAACCAUGGCUGACAGAGAAAGAAGGCCCAGGAGAUACCAGUUCAGACUUGAAGAGUAAAGCAGAAACCAUUGAUGCAACCACAAAGGGUGACAUUCCACAGGGACAGCUGUAUCAUAGCAUUAUAAUGGAAAGGUCCUUGAGCGAUGACAUAAUUUAUUCCACAUUGAGAAAAGUUGCCAAAUAUGGUGAUACGUUAAAAAGGCACCAGGAAAUCUGUGGGAGAGAUGUGAGGCAAACCAUCUUGACCCACAAGAACAGUGGCCUAGAAACUAACAGAUUUAUGGAAAAUAUUAUAGUGAGUUCAAAUGUUGUUAAGGAACAGAGACAUUAUAAAUGUGACACACCUAAAAAGAGGAGCAUAUACAAUUUAGAUUUCAUUAAUCAUCCAACAGGUUACAUGAGAACAAAAACCUUUCAAUGUAACAUAUGUGAAAAAAUCUUCAAACAACCCAUUCACCUUACUGAACACAUGAGAAUUCAUACUGGUGAGAAACCUUUCAGAUGUAAGGAAUGUGGAAGGGCCUUUAGUCAAAGCGCAUCCCUUAAUACACACCAGAGAAUCCAUACUGGUGAAAAACCCUAUGAAUGUGAGGAGUGUGGCAAAGCCUUCAGACAUCGCUCAUCUCUUAAUCAGCAUCAUAGAACUCACACUGGGGAGAAGCCCUAUGUAUGCGAUAAAUGUCAGAAAGCUUUCAGCCAGAACGUUAGCUUGAUCCAACAUUUGAGAACUCAUUCUGGAGAGAAACCCUUUACAUGCAACGAAUGUGGAAAAACCUUUCGGCAGAUUCGACACCUUAAUGAACAUCUGAGAAUUCAUACUGGAGAGAAGCCUUAUGCGUGUACUGCAUGUUGUAAAGUCUUUAGCCAUAGAGCAUAUUUAACACAUCACCAGAGAAUCCAUACUGGGGAGAAACCCUACAAAUGCAGGGAAUGUGGGAAAUCCUUUAGGCAGAGGAUACACCUUAGCAACCAUAAAACUGUUCAUACAGGAGUGAAAGCAUAUGAAUGCAAUCGCUGUGGAAAAGCCUAUAGGCAUGAUUCAUCCUUUAAGAAACAUCAGAGACAUCACACUGGAGAAAAACCUUAUGAAUGUAAUGAAUGUGGAAAAGCAUUCAGCUAUAAUUCAUCGCUUAGCCGACAUCAUGAAAUACACAGGAGGAACUCCUUCACAAAUAAUGUGUAAAAACAGAUUAUCCAGCGUAAGAACUAAAAAAGCCAAAUCUAAAUCUAGGCUUUUAAUUUUAAGACUCAGGACUCACGCAUGAAUUUGAGGGACUUACAUAACAAUGUCAACUUUUCAUUUUGCCAAUUCCAUAAAUAAAAACUGCAAUGAUAGGUACUAUCCACUAACAAACACCAUAAAAAAAAAAAACAUACAAAGUACUUAAUCAAGAAUAAAGGAUGGUCUUUCAGAUUAAAUAAAUUCAGUAUUAUGAAAAAUUCAUUGUGGAUUAACAAAUUUUCUUCAUGGGCAUUCCCUGAUUCACAGACCAACAUUUGUGAACCACUGUUUAAAAUAUCACUACCCCUAAUUUUUUUAAUAAAAAUUUUUAAUGGAAAAAAAUUUCACAUGGUAUAAAAUUCAAAAGGUAUGGAAGGUUGUAUACAGUGAAAAGCCUCCUUUCUGUAUUCCCCUACCACCAAAUCUUAACCAGAGGCAACCGUUUUUUUCAAACCAAUUUUUUUCUGUACCUUUUGAGAGAUUUUCUUUUUAGAUCCAAGAUGAUACAAAUACAGUUUUUAAGGAGAUAUGGCAGGUUACUAAAAAACAUAUCUGCACAUUACUUUUAUUA